UUUAGAAAUCAAGGACAACGCAGUAUCUUGUUCCCUAACUUUUGGUUGCUUAUUGAUCUCAGGAAGCUUGGAACAAAUUCAAUUCAGAAGAGCGGUAGCCCCGUGUUAGUAUGGAUGCCAAUUGCAUCAUUAUAAUUCACUAUGUUCUAUCUUCUGAGCGAAACGUUGAACCCCGAUUAUCAAUUAUCAUUACUCAUGCAUGCAGAUCAAGAGAUUUUGCUCAGGCAUAGACGAUUCAGAAAUUUGAAACCAUUAUUAAUUUAUUCCCACAUAAAACGAAGAACACAGUGAUACAAAUAUGCUUUACUCCUCACAUCCUGGUAUACCUUUGGCUUCUGGUGAAGACUGAAGAGGGACAGCAAAAAAAAGACUGGAAAUUUGAAACUACCGGUGAGAGAGUUCUUAAAGCAUUGAUCUAAACAUUGAAACAAGUACAUCUGAAAUAACCAUAACCAGGCCACCUAGAUGAUGAAGCUAUAUGUAUAAUCUGGAUCCUAAAAUUAACGGAUUACAUCAAUGUUAUAUAAGAAGGUAGAUGAAACAUUGAUAGUUAGCCAUAUUUAAGGAUGCUAUGCAACCUAACAAAAUCAAGACAAUUUUUUGGACCAAACUCCAUGUUAAUGUGCUUAUCUCAGUGACGUUAAUUCAACCAUUUGUCGCCAUUUCAAGCCUCUCAUCAGUGAUCCAUCCCUACGCUUUCGUGUCGUCAUGAAAAUGGUUCAUGACGUAUCUGCUUUUCCCUCUUAGCUGCUCCGUUUUGUCAAUGUGAUCCUACCUAAGCCGCAAACAACACAAUUUUCGUCGUGGUUGUUGAGAAUGGCGACUAAAGUCCAAGAGUCGUAAGCAUGUUCCCACACACCAAACAAUGAACAAUUUUAAUCAACUACAGCGUGCAUAAAUUCCUCUAUAAAUGCUACUAUUCUGUUGUUCUCCAUCAACAAUUGCCACCCACCCUUUUCUCUAUAUUUCAAACUUUGUACAUUCGCACUAUCUUGUCCUGCUAGCUAGCUUAUCCUCUUCUUAUCACGCCAUGGCCAUGCUUAGAGCCUUUAGCACAAGAAGAAGCCAUGGUGGCUAUGAACGGUUACUUGAAGCUGAAGUUGACGAGCCUGUUUCGAGCGUUAGUCGGUUUGAAGCACAGCUGAAGAGGGCUAGAAGUGUGCCAGCUCGAGUUUUUGGUUUAUCAAGAAAGUUCACCCCGGAAUCGACCAUGCCUGAAAAUUCUCAAGUGAAAAAAUCAUCGUCGUCGACUUCCAACAAAAAGGUUACCAAGAGUCCUCACCCACUGUUCAGUCUCUUUGAUGCUCGUCGGAAGAAGAAAACGACAGCAAAACCAGAAUAUGCUAGGUAUGUGGAGUAUCUGAAAGAAGGAGGGAUGUGGGACACGAAUGCAAAUAUGCCUGUCAUAUACUACAAAUGAAGAAGUACUUUUGUUCUUGUCUUGUUUGGAUAAAAAAGGAUUCGAACCCAUAAUUUGUACACAUAUCAAUUAGCUAGCUCGAUUGCUCCUUUACUUUGAUCUGUCCCUCGUUAACAUAACUAGAAACCAGGAGAGAAUAGAAAGGCAACGCAAUGAUGUCAUUAUGUGAACACAAAUGGCUUCGAACGUGGUAUAGACUGUGAAAGAGAUUGAAGAAUUUUAGUUCAAACCCAUUUCCUCACCUAGGAUUCAGAAUCUUUUGCUUUCACAAAUGGAACACAAAAAGGCCAAGAGCUGUCCAAUCCCAUUGUUUUGGACUCCAAAAAGCUUGUUUCCUUCACCUCAAUGUUUGGUCUUUUUCCUAAGCCCAUGCUCUUGAAUUCUUUUAUGCUGGCCAUGGGCCUUACCCCCAACUCAAGAAGGAGAUGAUGGGCCUGACGAACC